AUGGGCGUUGUGGAGGCUCUCUUGGAGCAGGUCACUCUCAGGACCACACUCACCAUCCUCUUCGCCUCAUACUGCAUCUACUCCAUCAUCUGUCGUAUCGAUGAGCACCGACGAAUCAGGCGUCUUGGUCACUAUGGACCACAUAUGAAAACAUAUGCUCCUUGGGGACUCGGCAUUGUCGCAAGGUUCGUCGUAUCUACAGUCAAACACCAGAACCUGGCAACCUGGCGCGACGAUAUCUUUGGCGCUGAGAAUUCAUGGACCGUCGAGACUCGACUCCUGGGAGUUCGUGCCAUAUUCACCGCCGACCCAGCCAACCUCAAGGCCAUUUUGGCUACACAGUUCGUUGACUAUGGCAAGGGAAAGCCGUUCCAUGCCGAAUGGAAGGACUUUCUUGGUGAUAGCAUCUUCACUACUGAUGGAGCUCCAUGGCAUGCUAGUCGCCAGCUCAUCAGGCCUCAGUUCACUCGAGACCGUGUGAGUGACUUGCACUGCUUCGAGGCUCAUAUGCAGACGCUAUUCAAGGCUAUCGCCAACAGAGGGCCCCUUCACGGGGAAGAUCAGCCUGUUCCUACUGAGGGUCUAGAUGGUAAAGUUCUCGAUAUUAGUGAUUUGUUCUUCCGCUAUACCCUCGAUGUCGCCACUGAAUUCCUCUUGGGAUGGGAUGUCAAGUCUCUGACCACACCAAGGCAAGAGUUUGCAGAAGCCUUCAAUGACGUCCAGCGCAUCCAGAACAUCGUCGCUCGCACUGGAAAACUCCGCCACAUCAUACCCAGAUACAAGUUCUGGAAAGGCCUCAAAACCGUGAACCACUUCAUCAACUUUUACAUCGAACGAGCCUUGCGUCUCAGCCCAGAAGAGCUAAACUCGAAAACAAAAGAUGACCACAGCUACACCUUUCUCCACGCCCUCGCCGGUUUUACGCGUGAUCGCAAGGUCCUCCGUGAUCAGAUCAUCGCCGUUCUUCUCGCAGGGAGGGAUACCACUGCUGCGACUCUCUCAUGGACACUCUACGAGCUCGGAAGGCAUCCUAAUGAUGUCAAGAAACUACGGUCUGAGAUACUCUCAACGCUCGGCUCCGAACGAACGCCUACAUAUGAUGAUCUUAAGAGUAUGAGCUACCUCAAGGCUGUUCUUAACGAGACGCUUCGACUAUACCCAGCUGUGCCAUUCAACGUUCGUCUUGCUCUCAAGGAUACAACUCUCCCUCGAGGAGGUGGUCCAGAUGGCUCUGAGCCACUCCCCGUUCUGAAGGACUCGCCCGUCGGGUACUCGACUCUGGUUAUGCAGCGACGUUCAGAUCUGUAUCCUCCUAUCAGUGACACGUUUGCCGACCCUCAGAUCUUCAGCCCAGAGAGAUGGGCGCACUGGCAUCCCAAACCACAUGAUUACAUCCCCUUUAACGCCGGGCCCAGAAUUUGUAUUGGUCAGCAGUUUGCAUUGACCGAGAUGAGCUAUGUUCUUUGCCGCCUUUUCCAGAAGUAUGAACGUGUAGAGAGUCGGAUGAAGGACGUUGAUGGUGGAGAGCCUCUCCUUAAAGCAGACAUUGUUCUCUCGCCGGGCCAGGGAGUCAAUGUUGCUUUUUGGGAAGCCAAGAAGUAA